UUCCGUACCAAUCAAUGUUCAAUGAAGGUAGUCACUCUAAUACAGAAUUUUCAGCAUAUCAAGUUGCCAACAUCAUGAAUACAAGUAGAGAUAUCGAGUCAAAUCAAGUUGAUGCCAAAAUUAAAUCACUUAAGUCGAAAAUGAUGAAAAAAUUAUCAGUGUCUGAUAGAGAUAUUGAAGCGUCUACGGUCAGAACAAAUGACAUCACUGGUAAAUGUAGAACUAAAGAUUAUAACCAUGUCAGUUAUCAUCAUAAUCAUCAUAUUCAACAACACUCACGUGAUCGUAAACACAGGCGCAAUCGGACUACAUUUACAACAUAUCAACUACAUGAAUUAGAAUGUGCUUUCGAAAACAGUCAUUAUCCAGAUGUAUUGAACCGUGAAGAAUUAGCUGCGAAAAUUAGACUACCAGAAGUUCGAGUUCAGCGAUUGGUUACGAGUAUAUCUGGGCAGCCUGCUCCAAUAUUUGGGCUACCUGUUUCUUAACACUAAAAUAUUUCAACAACUUUUUCUUAAUUAACACUUGAGUUAUGCCGGUUAAUUGAAUACUCUGUUCAGGCUCUUGUACAAAAAGUUUACGACCUAUUACUUCACAAGAUACCAAGAAUGGAAACUGGAGACAUUUCAGUGGUUGGCAAUCUUCUGACAAAUGAAUGAACGACAAUAUGAUGUGGAUUUCACAACCGCCAACUUCCAACUGCC